UAUGAAUUCAGUCCUUCAAAUGCUUUAUAAAUUAGAACAACUUAUGUUAGAUAUAGAUGAAAUUUACACAAAUUCAAAAGAAAAUAGUUUUCUUAUUACUUAUUACUUUAUGGAAACAUUUUAUUUAAUGAAUAAUUAUGAAAUGAAACCUGAAUGGCUCAAUCAAUUUAGAUAAGUAAUUUGGUAAUAUAACUAAACUAUUAAUAAGCUCAUAAUAUCCACAAUUUAAACUUAAUGAAUAAUAAGAUGCAUAAGAAUUUUUGUUAGCUCUUCUUGAUAUGUUACAUGAAGAAUUAAGGAAUCCUAAGUGUGGUAAAAUACCUAUAUUUGAAUUUCAAUAAGAAGGUGAAGUAGUUUUAACAUCUCUAAUUAGUUAUAUUGAGUUUGAAAAUUCACCUAUUACUAAACAUUUUGGUAAUAUCAUUCGAACUCAAAUCAUAUGCUAAUCUUGUAAUUGUAUACAUUAUUUUCAUUUAUUAAGAUAGCAAUAAUAAAUUAGAAAUAGCUUUCUCUCUUCUCAUUAAUGUAGAAAGUAGCAAAAAUACAGUAUUAGAAAUGCUUUAAUAAUCAUUCAAUAAAGAAGUAGUUAAAAUGAAAUGUCCUAAAUGCGAAUUAGAAAAGAAGUUUGAUAAAUAAACUACUGUAAUCAAAUAUUCAGAAUAGCUUCUUAUUUGUUUAAAUAGAUAUAAAAUACCUGGAGGAUUAAUUGAUAGAUGGUGGAAUGGAAAUGAAAUAUAAAAAAGCACUAAAUCAAUUACUUUAAAUAAUAAAUUAAUAAUAGGUAAAUAUGAGAAGAUCUUGAUUGGGAUUGUUGAUCAUAGUGGUAGCAAAGACAAAGGACAUUAUCGCUAUUUUCAUUUAAGUGGUAAUGAUUGGGUCUGUUUUAAUGAUGCAAAAAUUAAUUUACUUUGUGAAUAAUCAAUUCAGAAAUUGAUUCACUAAAACGAAACUUCUUAUAUUUUGCUUUAUUCUAAAUAAUCAUCAUGA